AUGGCCGCUAGAGCGCCCGCCACUGCUCCGUCGAAGCCGCCGGUGCCGACACCCACGUUUCCAUCAGCAGUUCCGCCCGUCCUGUCUGUGCCGCCCACCGCCGCUCCAUCGUCCAACGCGCCCACGCAGAUGCCCGCCUUCCCGUCGAGCGCGCCGGCACUGGCGCCGAUGAUGGCCAUGCCGCCCGUGCAGGCGCCUUCCCGCGGCCCUGUGGCGGCGCCCGUACCGGCGUCAUCUCCCAUGCCCGCCGCUCGUGUCCUGUCGGUGCCGCCAACUGCCGCGCCGGCUCUUGCCCCUUGGAUGGCUGCGCCUGCACCGAGAUCGAGCGCGCCAGCGCCGAUGCCCGCGCUGCCGACUACGCCAGGUGCAGCUCCUAGCGCUCAACCCCCUGCGUCGUCCCAACCCAAACCUGCUCCAGUGCUCCCGUUGCCAACAACUCCAGCGCCGGUCGCCACGCUGCCCGCCACCGUUACCUCUCCUUCGCCUGCAUCAACGCCGGCAAGCACCCCGACAGCCACCGCACCGACGGCAUCUGCAGCUAGUUUCGUUGCUCCCAUGGGAGCCAUGGUGGUUGGCGCGGCUCUUGCCGUUGCACUAUUUUAGGCUCUUCUAGUUUCUGUUAGCUUAGCUGAUUCAGUUGGUAGUUAGCCUUGCGCCCUUGCCAGGAGAGAUACACUGAAGUAUAGUUCUUGUUAUCGACAAUAGAAACUUUUUACGGGAAGUUAUUAUUUUGGUUGUACUCCGCUACGUGUGUUCGUCUCAGACUUUACACAAGAAAAGUGAACGCCUCGUUCACAAUCAAA